CAAAUCUUGAAAAAACCAUACUCCAGAAACUAGCUAUUGAGAGAAGAGAGUCCAAAACCACAUAAACCCUACAUCAAUUCAUCAAAGUCUCGACUCUCGAGGUGGGAUCCAAGUUGCAUACCUUGCAAUUAGGAUUACAACAAUUCCAUGUUCCCCACCUCAAAAGAUUCCAAGCACAAUAAAACCCAAUUAGUGACUAUCUACCUUCCUAACUCUGGUCAUUCCCCUUACAUUUCCUCUCCUUCUUUGAAUUGUGUGCCUAAAAUCAAUAAUGCCACCGGUUCACUCUAGUCCAUACUUUCAAAUGGAGAAUCCGGCGAUCAUGUCCUUACUCCGGCCGGCUUCAGGGGAAAAACAGAGGAUGUCAAAAUCAUCGACUGGUGGUGGGCUAUUGCGUAUGUUCAAGCUCUUCCCUAUGCUAACCUCAGGCUGUAAGAUGGUUGCUCUGUUGGGUCGUCCUCGGAAACCUUUACUGAAGGACGGUGCUACUACGGGAACGAUCUUCGGCUACCGGAAAGGCAGAGUCUUUCUAGCAAUUCAGGAAGAUCCCCAUUGCCUACCGGUAUUUGUGAUCGAACUUCCGAUGCUGACGAGCGCGCUUCAGAAGGAAAUGGCGUCAGACAUAGUGAGGAUAGCGCUGGAGAGCGAGACGAAGACGCACAAGAAGAAGGUUCUGGAGGAAUUUGUGUGGGCGGUGUACGUUAACGGGAGGAAGACAGGGUACUCAAUUAGGAGGAAGCAAAUGUCGGAAGAUGAGCUUCAUGUGAUGCAGCUUCUUCGUGGAGUUUCGAUGGGUGCUGGAGUUCUUCCGAGUCCGAAUGAGAAGGAGACGGCAGACGGCGAGUUAACGUACAUGAGGGCGAGGUUUGAGAGGGUGGUGGGAUCGAAGGACUCUGAAUCUUUUUACAUGAUAAACCCAGAUGGUGCGCAGGGGCCUGAGUUGAGUAUUUUCUUUGUAAGAACUCGUUAGGGUUUUCUAAGAGUGCUUUGUAUUUAUAAAAAACUAUAUAUAUUAUAAAGCUUUUGGCUUGUUCCAUAUAUGGUGGAAUGAAAUUUAGAUUUCUUA